AGUUAACUGUGCAGUCUCUAAUAUUAUCUGCUCCAUCGUCUAUGGCAGCAGAUUUGAAUAUAAUGAUCCAGAGUUUAUACUUCUGAUAAAGCGAACAUCCAGAAUUGUUAGACUUGGUGGAAGUCCCUCAAUACAGAUCUUUGACAUGUUUCCAUCGCUCUUCAAGUGGACUGCGGACAGAAAUGAAAUACACAAAAUAUAUUCUGCUAAUAAGAAACAAAACCGUGCCAUCUUCAGUCGCUUAAAAGAGAGUCUGAAUUCCCAGAUGUGCAGAGGCUUUGUGGAUGCCUUUCUGGUUCGCAAACAAAAUCUGGAGAAAUCUGGGAUUACCAAAAGUCACUUCCAUGAUGAUAACCUUAUGAUGACAGUCAUGAAUCUGUUUGCUGCCGGCACUGAGACAACAUCAACUACACUGAGAUGGGGACUUCUGCUUAUGGCCAAAUAUCCAGAGAUACAGGAUGAGGUUCAGGAGGAGCUGAGGAGGGUCAUAGGAGAUCGACAGGUGCAGGUUGCCGAUAGGAAAAACCUUCCCUUCACUGACGCCGUCAUCCAUGAGACACAGAGACUGAGCAGCAUCGUCCCCACUGCACUUCCUCACAAAACCACCCAAGACAUCACUUUUCAGGGUCACUUUAUUGAGAAGGGAACCACAGUGUUUCCUCUCUUGACAUCUGCCCUGCAUGAUCCCAACGAGUGGGAAAGACCGCACAGCUUUUAUCCUGCUCACUUCCUGGACAAAGAGAAAAAGUUUGUCAAGCGAGAUGCCUUCAUUCCAUUUUCUGCAGGUCGCAGGAUUUGCCUCGGAGAGAGUCUGGCCAGGAUGGAGCUCUUCCUCUUCUUCACCACCCUCCUUCAACAUUUUCGUUUCACUCCUGCACCUGGAGUUUCAGAAGAAGAGUUAGAUCUGACUGCAGUUGUGGGCAUUACUCUCAGCCCUUCACCUCACAAACUAUGUGCUGUUCCCUGUAUGUAAGAAGGAGGCAGUCUAAACAAAGUUGUCCUAUCUUCUCAAUCCUUUUAUAAAAAUGAGUUCUUUUGGGUAGUUUCUUGUUUGCUUGGGUUUUUUUUUUUUAUCAGCCCUUUAUUUCAUUUCUACAACAUUUCAAUCCUCCGAUUUUUAUGAAAAUAUGAGCAUAUGGUUCUGUUUUUAGUUAUCAUAGUUAUCAUAGGCAUAUGGAUCGGCCUUUACAAACUAAUGAAGCCCAAAUCAUUGUAACCAUUUGGGCUUCAUUGAUACGUGUAUGCUUUUGCAUGAGCUGGAGAUGGGCACCCUUUUUUGCCAAGGUUGUUAAUCUUGUCAAACUGCAUGACACACUGACAGACAGAGAAGACUGAAAAUGACCAUUCUGCGGAUCCAACAUCUAGAACAUGGAGAGUGGAAUAUGAAAACAAAUCUAACCAGUUAACCGGCAUUUUACGUCCCAGGGCCUAGCUAAUAAGAAACGAUGUAAAUAGGCUGAACAUUCACGUUUUCGCACAGGCUUGGAUUUUUUUCCCCUUAAUAAUAAAACACAGAAACUUUAGAAAAUGCACUUUGUAUUUACUUGUGUAAACAGCACUGCCGUUUCACUCCUGCACCUAGCAUUUCAAAGGAUGAACUCCAAGUAGUACCCUCAUUCCUUCACCUCACAAACUUGAUGCUAUUUCCUGCGUGUGAUGAAGUUGCAUUUUUUUCCAAAGUUGUCCUACCCUGACGCCUGUCAAGGAAUUCAGCCUUUAGUGCUUUCUGUUUUUUUCUAUUCUUUGUUAUUUCAGAGAAGCUCACAUGAAGUGCGAAAUGAAAUAAACUGAUUUUGAAGAACAA